ACGGGUCUGUCCACGACCAACGGAGGGGGACGUUAGAUGGAUCCAUCGAUAGAUUGAUCAAAGUGGCUGCAAUGAUGCCAGACAAACCCCAAUUGAUACGCCUCUAUAACUAGCCUUCUGAGGGUCAUCAUGGGACUGAGCCGAGCCUCUGGCACGCCGCCACAUCCCGGAUUCUUGGUGACUGCCCAUCCCAACAGUUCCGGCAGCUUGCCCACCUCGUCUUUGCCUGCGUCGUCCUGCAGUAUUGAUGAAUCCUACAAGUAUGUCUUCCUGCCCGUCUGCUACUCGGUGACCUUCAUCUUUAGCCUGAUGCUCAACUCGGUGGUGCUGCUGCGCUCGUGCCGCCACCACAGCGGCGGGGUUGGUAGCGGUCGGCGCUGGAACACUUCCCUGAUCUACAUGGUGAACUUGGCCACCACCGACCUCAUGUACGGCCUGUCGCUGCCCUUCCUGGUGGCGAGCUACGUUCUGAGGGACCGGUGGGUGUUCGGGGACUUCAUGUGCCGCCUUGUACGCUUCCUCUUCUACUUCAACCUCUACUGCUCCAUUUUCUUCCUCACCUGCAUCUCUGUUCACAGGUAUCUGGGCAUCUGCCAUCCAAUGAGGACCAUCACUCUGGAGAGCAAGCGGGUGGUGAAGGGGACCUGUGCGCUGGUUUGGGUGGUGGUCUUUGUGCUCACCUGCCCUAUCUUCAGGUUCGCCCAGACUGGGAGUGUUGUGAGAGGGGGCACCAGGACCGUUGGGUCUGAGGGGAUGAUAGGUGGUGAGAACAGGACAGAUGAAGAGUUCGGGGAGGAGUACAUGAACUGCUGGGAUGAUGCCAUCGACAAGGAGUUUGCUGAUUAUGUUCCAUACGGCAUCAUCCUACAUGUAAUAGGUUUCUUUGUUCCCUUUGUCAUCAUCGCUUGGUGUUACUCUCAGGUGGUCCGGACGAUAUUCCAGACCCUCCGCACCCCACCCAGUUCAUUAGAGGGUGGCGACGACAGUCCGGCAGGGGACGGAGGAUUGGAGGGUGUUCGAGAUCGGGAGAGAACCUCAGUUUCCAUCUCUGGCUCCCAGUACUCGCACUACAUCCGACGAAGGCGUAAAUCCAUAAAGACAAUCGUGACCAUCACGCUGCUGUUUGCGCUGUGCUUCCUGCCCUUCCAUGUGACUCGUACGCUGUUCCUGCUCCUGCGGCGGGGACUUUGGGAGUUCGGGAGCUGCAACACCAUGAAGACCGUUUCCAUCUGCUAUAAGGUCACUCGGCCACUGGCCUCCUGCAACGCUUGGCUCAACGCUCUCCUCUACUUCUUGACAGGAGAUCAAGGUACUCCAUGCUGCGGGUCAUUAGAACAAAACAUCCGCCGUGACCGCCGCAAUGGCUCGCUCUGGUGGCCGCUGACGAUACUGAGAAAAGAUGGAGCAGCAGAGGACGAUCACGAGGGGGCCGAGAAGGCUGAGACGGAGCUGCACAUGGAGGAUGAAUCCAAGUCCUCCAGGGUCAUCUUCUAGGGCCUGAUUCUCCAGGUCACAAAUCAAACAGGAAGCUACCGGACGUUGUUAAACGUUUCAUCACCUUCUCAUUAAAAUGCAAUGUAAAUUUAAAAAGAAUUUACAUAU